UGCUACGUGGACCGGAAGUAGAAGCGUAGCGACUCAUCAGCCCUGGACUUGAGAUGUAACUCCAAAACAAAACAGGAGCCGAGAGUUUACAGCUCACCGUUGAACACAAUGUCGGAAUGACGCCUCGUUGUUUGUUAUGAUUCUAUACGACAAAGGAUUUGGGCGGUAAUCAGACUGAGGUGUAAUGACAAAAAUACGUAUUUCUGUCGAGUUUGUUAGCCGGUUAGCGGCCUAGCAUGCUAACAGUGACGACUUAGCAGCUUAGCUUAACGUGACAGUUCGCUGUAGCUUCAGCUUUCUAUAUGAUACGUGACAAUGUGGUUUUAAAUAAGGUUUUCUGCUGCUAAGCCGAGAGCAAAAUGAGUUGGUUCAACGCUUCCCAUUUGUCCAGUUUCGCUAAACAAGCUCUGAGCACCGCACAGAAAUCCAUCGACCGAGUUUUGGAUAUAAAAGAAGAGGAUCAGUGGGGCGACGCCAUCACACCUAGUUUAGACGAUGUACAGAGCAAGCCAGUAUCCACAGGCUGGGGGAUGAACCAGUGGGAUUCUCCUUCAGAGGAAUGCCCAAAGACCCUCACUCCUUCAUCUGAGGCCAUCACUAAACCGGUCACUCGCACUGUGGUUGAUGAAACAGAGAGUUUCUUCAGUGCCUUCUUGUCUCCUGGGGAUGGGCAGCCGGUCAAGAAGUCUACGGUGGUGUCCGUGGCACCGACCAAAUCCUACCGCCGACUGCAGGAGAACUCGGAAAAUGAGACGCAACCGUCUGCCAAGGAUGACGUAGACUCUUCCACACUUUCUCAGGAAGAUCUGAGUAAACAAAGCAGUGUACAAAUAGCAGAGAACCAGCCAGAGGAGGUGAAGUCAAAAGAAGAAGCUUUAUUUCUGGAGGCUGUUCUGGAGGAAACAGAAAAUGUGGAGGACACUGAGAGCAAAACAGAGACACAGGAUUCCGCUUCAUGUCCACAAGUCGCGCAAGUGGACAUGCCUGCGGAGCCUGGAUCUGUUGAAAAGGUUGAGAGCUGUGGUUCUGCUGAGCCUAAGAGCCCCGGGAAAGACCCUCCCAAAGACAUGAUGUUGGAAUCCAAAGAUGUGAAGGCAGAAGACAGGCAGAGCGACACUCCGUCUCCUCCUGUGAGCGCCUUCUCCUCUGGUACCUCCACUACGAGUGACAUUGAAGUGCUCGACCAUGAGAGCGUCAUUAGCGAGAGCUCUGCCAGCUCAAGGCAGGAGACGGCCGAGGUUAAAGCAGGGCUGCACCUCAUGCAAGGCUCUUUCCAGCUCUUGUCUGCUUCGACGUGUAGCGAUUUCUCACGUCUGGACGACUAUCCGAAGCUGACGGAGAGCUGCGGGUCCUCUUCUGACGCCUUCGAGCGCAUCGACUCGUUCAGCGUGCACUCUUUGGAUAGCCGCAGCGUCAGCGAAGUCAACUCGGAUGACGAGAUCCCCGGUAGCAGAACUCUGGCAUCUGUUACCGCCGGAACCAGCCCGCUUCCGGCUCUUCCGGCACCACAGACCAUUCAGGAGCAGGAAGAGGCGGAGGGAGGGUUGACUGACUGUUUAAAGGAUCACUCGGUGGAUGAGAUGGAGGAGAGCGGGCGCAGCGCAACGCCGGUGAACUCCGAACAGCCAGAAGAGCUGCUGCAGGAGGAGCAGGAAACUGGGUCACAUUUCACUAUGUCUAAUGAAGGAACUGAACCUGAGGAGUCGCGUGACUUGCUGACAUCACCCAUAACUGAGGAGCAGAAAGGUGCCUCCACCUGCCAGCUCCUGGAGCUACAGAAGAUUGUUGACGAGCUGACGAGCAGACUUGAGAAACGAGAAGCCCAGCUGCUAGCUGUUAGUAAAGACAAGGCUCGUCUGGAGGAGGAAUGUGACAAUCUCAAAGAUGAGAUGAUCAGCCUGAAGGAAGAGAGCUCCAGCGUGCAGUCUCUUAAAGACGAGUUCACGCAGCGCAUCGCUGAUACAGAGAGGAAAGCUCAGCUCGCCUGCAAGGAGCGUGACAUCGCCAAGAAGGAAAUUAAGGGUUUGAGAGAAGAGCUGUCCACCAGGUUUAACUCCACUGAAACCCUGGAGCUGAUCAGAGAGAAGGAGGAACAGAUCAAAGGCCUUCUAGAAGAGGGCGAGAAGCUGUCCAAGCAGCAGCUGCAGCACUCCAACAUCAUCAAGAAGCUGAGGACCAAAGAGAAGGAGAGCGACACGAAGAUCUCCAAGCAGUCCAAGAAACUCAAAGAGCAAGAGGAUGAACUCAAUCAGCUGAAGCAGAUUCUAGAUGCGAAGGAGGAGCUGGAGAAACAGCACAGAGAGAGCAUUAAGCAGCUGAACUCUGCUGUGGAGCUUCAGGAGAAGGAAAUGAGCAGGCUGCAGACUGAAAACGAGGAGCUGCACGAGAAGAACCGCAGCCUGCAGGCUGCUUUGGAUGCCUCUUACAAGGAGCUUGCAGAGCUGCACAAGUUUAACGCUACAAAGGCUAGCGAGGCACAGGAGCUGGCUCUCAGCCGUGAGGUCCAGGCCAAGGAGGAGCUCAGCCUGGCAUUAGACCGAGCCCAGGAAGAGGCUCGCCUUCAGCAGGAGGCAUUAGCUAAUCAGGUGGCAGAUCUGAGGUUGGCUCUGCAGAGAGCGGAGCAGCAACAGGCCAGGAAAGAGGACUACCUGCGUGAGGAGAUCAGUGAGCUUCAGCAGAGGCUACAGGGAGCGGAGACCAGAAACCAGGAACUAAGUCAGAGCGUUACCUCGGCGACCAGGCCCCUCCUCAGGCAGAUCGAGAAUCUGCAGUCAACUCUGGGAUCUCACUCGGCAUCCUGGGAAAAAGUGGAGAAGAACAUCUCAGACCGCUUAGCCGAGGCUCAGGCCCAGCUUGCUGUUGCCGUAGAGAAGGAGCGCUCUGUGACUGAGGAACUGCAUGCCAUCAAGGCUCAGCUGGCUUCACUGGAGUCCCAGAAUUCCUCAAUGCGGCAGGAGAAGGGAAGGCUGCAGGGUCAGUUGGACGUGGAGAAGACUCGGCGCGAAAAGCUGGAGGACGACAGCAGCAGGGAACGUGUUGAACUGGAGAAUCUGAAAGGCGAGUACACUCGAGCUCUGGAAGAGGCCAGAAAGGAGAAGCUGCUGCUAACAAAUCAGCUUGAGAUGGAGAAAAUGAAGGUGGAGCAGGAGAAGAAGAAAUGCUACCUUGCACAAGAAGCCUUGAAGGAAAAGGAGCGAAAGGCGCUAAGUGCACCACUGAUUGAGCCUCCUGCAUCCUCCACUCCAUCUCUCUCUCGUUCCAGCUCCAUCAGUGGUGUGGAUACACACAGCGGCAUACACACGUCUCUGCUCUCCCACCAGGAAGAUUCUCCUGAUCACUCGUUCGCCUCUGUGACCCUCGGCGGGAGCAGCCUGUACGACGCGGCACGUCUAAGCGGAGGUUCCAGCAUCAUUGAGAACCUGCAAUCACAGCUCAAACUACGGGAGGGAGAAAUCGCACAGCUUCAGGUGGAGAUCUCAAAUCUUGAAAGGACUCGCUCUGCAAUGGCGGAAGAACUGGUGAGGCUGACUAAUCAGAACGAUGAUCUGGAGGACAAUGUGAAGGAGAUCCCCAGGCUCAGGGUGCAGCUCAAGGACCUGGAGCAGAGACACAACACCAUCCUGCAGAUGUACGGAGAGAAAGCAGAAGAGGCCGAGGAGCUGCGGCUCGACCUGGAGGACGUCAAGAAUAUGUACAAGACCCAAAUCGACGAGCUGCUCAAGAACCAGAAAUAGCCUCUUUUACACACAACAGGACAUCGAAGUGCAUUUACUGUAGACAAAUUAUCUGAUCGGUGGUGGGCAGGAGGUUCCACAAACGUUUGUGUUUUUCCUCAUUUGUGCUCUGUAUUUUCCUGGAUCAGUUUUAUAAUCUGUAGUUAUUUAUGGGAUUUUGGGAGUAGGCAUCUUAAACGUUAAUGCUUUUUUUUCCUCAGCGAUCCUUAGCGGACGUGAAACGGACAAGCUCUUUUCUCUUAGCGUGGAACUCGACUCCAUGGGCAUCAAUUUGCACUUUUAAGAUAACAUUUAAGAUAGAAGUUAAAGUUUUCCUCGCUCUGUGCUAAUUUAUACGUUGCAGGAGCAAUUUGAUAUAUUUGAAGCAUACACUUGGUCAGGACAAAGUAUGUGUUCAUGCCCCAUGGGGCAGAAUUAAUCCAAAUUUUGUUGGAGGGGAUGAAGUUAAAUUCCAGGCCAGAAAACUGUAAAACAGAAACCUUGGAUAAAAAAAAUUCUAGUCCGAUCCUUUGCACAACAGUAUUGCUGUUCUCAGUUGUUGUAGGCAUCUCUGGAUUGUGUGAUUAGGACAGAGCUAGAACACUAUCAAAAACACAUACUGCGACUUUAUAAAUUUCAGGCCUUGCACUUUACAGACAUCGUCAGUUCACUGCGAGCAAUGAAGGAACGCUGGCAGUCUCUAUAGGGUGCAAAGGACUAGAGAUAUAUUUCUUUUGGAAAGAAAGCUGUGCUCUCUUAAAAUACAUGGUCAUAACACUCGUGCAGUGAGAAUGACUGACUGUCUCAUCAAUACUUUCCUAUGUAAUCAUUACAGUUGUAAAGAAACAGAGCUCUAAUGGGUGUCCUCUUGUCUCUCAGCUGUUCUGUUCAUUCUCACUGGACACAUUGGCUUUCUAAUGAAAUGAUGAACAGAACAAAACAAACACAAUUAAGGUGUUGGACCACCACGAGCCUCUAAAACAACUUCGGUUCAACUUUGUGGCAUCAAUUCUUCCUAUCUUUGGACCUGUAAUAGAGCGACGAAGACCUUUCUUCAGGUCUUCAUCACGGACAAAGCGUCUGUAGUACGUCGUAUAUAGGACCGGCGGCGCUUUCCUGCAAAUGACAAACCCAUCAGGAGAGAAACGUUUCAUCACAGGAGAACUAAGCGGAUUCAGCAACAUAAAUAAACGCCCCUAUGUUGUAACAGAGCGACCGGUUUUUGUUUUUCUUUGUAUAUAUUUUUUUUAAGUUCACAUUUAUCUUGGGCUUGUGUAUAAUAUACAUGGAUAAGGUUCCAUUUUUGUGUAAAUGUGUAAAUAAAAUGAAUAUUGCCCUG